AUGAAACGGCGACAAAAGAGGAAACAUCUGGAAAAUGAAGAGUCCCAGGAAACUGCCGAGAACGGAGGAGGAAUCUCGAAGUCACAAGAGGAUCCCCCUCGGCUUGGAUCCACUGUGGUGGCCCAAGGCUGCAGCCCAGGGUCAGGGGAGGUCUCCUCUGCCUCUAAAUACUUCUUCUGUACUUCUACUCCGCUCAAGCUCAGCUACGCUGCAAUGCGGAGAUUUCGAGACACUGCCUGGCUUACAGCACCCCUAGCCCAGGUUCAGGAAGAAGGGGAGACCGCUCCCCCAUCACACUGUGUCUCCUCCUCGCCCUCUUCACCCUGUAAGAACGAUCUGCACCCAGACAAAGAGGAAAGGGGCAUGAAAAUAUACUACAUGCAGGUACAAGUGAACAAGGGUGUCGCUGUCUCCUGGAAGACAAAGAAACCCUUGGAGUUGCCUGAAAAGCAGCUGACGAUAGAAGAAGUGACCCUUCCUGAGGAUGCGUGCACAGUAGGCACGUGCCCCUCUGAUGUGUUCACCGAAAGCCUCCUGUCUGACAGUGAGCCCACUGGGGAGGAGAAAGAGUAUGAGGAAAGGGCAGAGCCAGGCAGCCCAUCAGGGUCACCUGCCGUCGAGGAGAGACCCAGGGCCAAGACACCGGACUGGAUGGUGACCAUGGAGACCGGCUUCAGGUGCAUGGCCUGCUGCCGGGUCUUCCCCACCUUGGAGAUCCUCCAGCAGCACGUGAAGGGCGGCGUCCUGGAGGGCUUCAGCUGCCGUGUCUUUCAUCUCACCAUGGCCCAGCUGAUGGGCAAUGUGGAAUCCGGGAGCACCUCUGAGGAGGAGGAGGAGGAGGAGGAGGAGGAGGAGGAGGAAGAGAAGCAAGAAGAAAAGGAGAAUGAGGGAGAGCAGCCCACGCAGGAGGAGACUCCCAAGGCCAUGACUUCCCCCGGCUCCCCACUGCCCUUGCCGGCAGACUGGACGUGCGUGGCCACCGUGCUGAGCCGGGCACACCCCCCCGGCUCCACUCCGGAGCACCCUCCUGGAGAAUCCAGGACGCGGCUCACUCCUACCUGCUGCCGUCACACGCUUGGCAACCUCGUGUUCGGGGCCAGCCAAGAACUGAGACCCCAGCAGGCCCCUAGUUCCCAGCAGGCAAACUCCCUGUUAAACUACCGCUGCCUGGCCGUAUUCUCGAGGCUUCAGAGCCGGGAAAGUGCGGAGGGCAGAGCAAGGCGCGGCGCCCCCAGCCCCUGA